UAAAAUAAUAUUAUAUUUAUUCCCAAAACUAUUUAUUCCUUAUACGAUUAUACGUCACACCAAACCAGGCUAAAAGUUUUAAGAUAUGGAAUAUUAUGGCCAAAUGGAGACCCAACUCUGCUGGCUAACCCAAUCAAUAUGGUCUAUAAAUACAGUAUGGGAGUACCCAUUCCACUUCACUACUCAAAAAAUCCUCCAAAAAUGGCCACAACAAAACUGUUCAUCCUUGCAGUAGCUUUAAUUUCCCUCUCCCACCUUUCCGGCACCGCAGCCACUGCCCCCGUAGCCUCCACCAGUUUCAUAAAGAGCUCCUGCAAAUCCACCACUUUCCCCGAAGUAUGCAUCGCUUCCCUUUCCGGUUACGCAUCGGCAAUAAAGAACAGCCAAGAACAGAUAGUGAAAACUGCCUUGUCCGUAAGCCUAAACAAAGCCGAAACUACAAAGGAAUUUGUUAGCAAGCUGUUGAAAUUCAAGGGAUUAAAGCCUAGAGAGUAUGCAGCUAUAAAGGAUUGCGUAGAGGAGACAAGUGACAGUGUAGAUCGGCUUACCAAAUCUGUGAAUGAACUCAAAAGAAUGGACCGUAGCCAUGGGAAGGAUUUCCAGUGGCAUAUGAGCAAUGUGGAGACAUGGGUAAGCGCUGCAAUUACUGACGAGAAUACUUGUACUGAUGGAUUUGCUGGCAAGGCUUUGAAUGGGAGGAUUAAGGCUUCGAUUAGAAGUCAUAUAACUAGUCUAGCUCAAGUUACUAGCAAUGCGUUGGCUUUAAUUAAUCAAUAUGCUGCUAAAUAUUGAUUAAUUAGCCAUUAAUUAUGUUUUCGGGUGCUUCACAAUUAAUUAUGGUUUUUGCCUUUAUUGUUUUGGGGAGUGGUUUGUGUGGUACUUUGUAUAUUGUGAAUGAAAUUUCACGCGCUAAGUAUAAACGGGAGAAUAGAGGAUGGUUGAUUUGUCCUGGACGAUAUCUUUGCCGUUAUUUCUUGUCCUCCACGGGUUGUUUGUUGUACACAAGCUAUGCUUAUUAGUAAUGAAAAAAAAAUGGUAAUGCAUAAUUUAUAAUGCCCUAA